AUGCAGUCUUCACAGUCUCUUCCACCUAUAGGUGUUUUUUAUAAUCAAUAUCCAGUGGACAGUUUUCAGAACUCUGCCGAGACGAACGCCGAGAGUUCCGCUCAUCAUACACAAUCAUCCGACUCCCAACCUAUACAGAGUCUUGAAGGCAUUGCUACUUUUCGGAACUCUGCCGAGAUGCGCGCCGAGAUGCGCGCCGAGCAACCAGGACAGAAUUCUGCUUUUGUGAGGCAGGUAGGAACUUUGGAGGUCCGCUCAUGUGAACCACCCGUGCCUGUUGUUGAUGUUUUGAAUGCUUUGAUAGCAAAACAAACAGCGGUAGGUAUACCUGGUAGCCCAGCUCGCGACCGCGCACGAGGUUACACUUUGGAUAUCAAGGACUUGUAA